GAUCCACCAAAAUGGUUGGAAAAACGAGUACAUUUUUGCUAGUGGCGAUAGCCCUUGUUGGCUUUAUAAAUAGCUCCCAGGGAGCAAAUUUACUGGGAAUCUUUCCGAGCUUGAGUCCCUCGCAUUUGAUCAUCCAGAUGUCGGUGGCCAAAGUUCUGGCCGAGAAGGGACACAAUGUGACGGUGGUAACAGUGCUAAAACCAGUAGUGACUCACAAGAACAUCACCGUGGUACGGGUGCCCCUCACUAAAGAGGAGGAGAAAAUGAUGAGCGAUGUGAUCGGGGAAAUGUCCAAGACCGAUAAUAAAAACUUGUUAGUCAACUUGAUCCGAAUGACGGGACAGAUGGAUUUUAUGUUUGAAAAAAUGGCGGAAGCCUUGAAAAAUUAUCGUGUUCGAGAUCUAUAUCUUAACAAGGACAACAAGUUCGAUGCGGUCCUUUCUGGAUAUUUUAUGAACGACUUCCAGAUGGGAUUCGCAAAGAAAGUGAACGCUCCAAUCAUUGCAGUUGCCACAAUGCCACCCAACCAAUUGUUGAACUCCCUUAUUGGUAAUCCCCUCGAAGUCUCCUACGUGCCUGCUUUCGACGACUCGUUGGAGAAGGGAAAGGGUUUGACCUUCUGGCAGCGAUUGACUGGCUACACCAAAAGCGUCUUCUUCGUGGGUUUCAAUUACCUAACCGAAAGGCGUAACAGAAGAUUAUACAAGGAAGUCUUUGGCGAUGAUUCCACUAUGCCGGAGUACUCCGACCUUAUCAAGAAUGUUUCCUUGGUCUUUUUCGCUUCCCACGCUCCCAGCGAAGGACCCAUUCGACCGAAUGUUCCUGCUGCAGUUGAGAUCGGAGGCAUUCAAAUCAAGGACAAGCCAGACCCUCUGCCCCAAAACAUGGCAGAUUUUCUCGGCAAUGCCACGGAUGGAGCCAUUCUCCUCUCCCUGGGGUCCAAUGUCAAGGGAACCCAUCUGAAACCAGACACCGUUGUCAAGAUGUUCAACGUGCUCUCAAAACUCAAGCAAAGGGUCAUCUGGAAGUGGGAGGAUCUGGAGAAGACCCCCGGAAAGUCGGACAACAUCCUGUACUCCAAGUGGCUGCCACAGGACGACAUCCUGGCUCACCCUAAGAUUAAACUUUUUAUCAACCACGCUGGAAAAGGUGGGAUUACCGAGGCCCAAUAUCACGGAAAGCCAAUGCUUUCCUUGCCAGUAUUUGGGGAUCAACCCGGAAACGCUGAUGCAAUGGUGAAGAAGGGCUUCGGUCUCACUCAAAAUCUUCUUGCUCUCGAGGAGAAGCCUUUCCGCGAGGGAAUCCUUGAGAUUUUGUCCAAUCCCCAGUACGGUGAGAAGGUCAAGACAUUCUCCUCUCUCUACCGCGAUCGUCCGAUGACUGCCAGGGAAUCCGUGAUCUACUGGACGGAGUACGUCAUUCGCCACAAGGGAGCUGUCCACCUUCAGAGUCCUUUGGUGCACAUGAACUUUAUUGCCGCCAAUAACAUAGAUGUCUAUGUCCUGUUGGCCGCCAUUCUAAUUACACUUCUACUGCUGUUCAAAGUGGUGGUUCAAUUUAUUUACAGAAAGUUCAUCUCAAAGUCAAAGAAGCAAAAAACGCACUGAAGGCUUUAAAUGGCCUGAUAAGUUCAUCUGCUAGUCAAAAUACUCUGUCAUAAUGACAUAAAAUAGCAAAAGAAAUCAAUAAACUUAUAAAACAACAAAUAAUUUA